AUGACCACUUUUUUUGUUUCAGAUAUUCUUUCCCUGAAUAUUGACUCAAAUUUGUCUCCAGAUGUAAAACGACAUCGAAGCGCUCGAGCCGUGAAGCCACCGGACAAAAACAACAGUUCUCUGACUCCAGCGAUACAAAAACAAAUCACUAAAGCUGUCAACUCUGCAACACGUAAAGUCUGCACCAAGAAAGGACGCCAAAUAUGUGUGAAGGGAUCUCGGGGACCUCGGGGUCCCCCGGGACUUCAAGGACCACCGGGACCUCAAGGACCUGCAGGACCCCGAGGACCUCAAGGAUCUCAAGGACCUCAGGGGCCCCCUGGAUUGAAGGGACAAAGAGGGGACCCUGGAGAAUCAAAUUCAUCGAUUCCAACUUCCCUGCAGCCAGUUGUGAACCAAUCAGUGGACGUCAUUAAGGCUCCUGGGAUUUUGGUCAAACCGGCUGUUUUGAUUGUCGCUUUAAACGAGUCAGCUAAAUUUCAGUGUACACCGGAUAAAAACGUUGUUGCAACAAUCUCAUGGACUAAAAAAGAUGGAUCUCUCCCCGUUGGAAGAUAUGCCAUCGUCAAAGGAAUACUGUAUAUAAAGAAUGUGAUCAAUAGUGAUAAUGGGAUGUACGUCUGUACAAUAACUACAGACCAAGGAACCGCUCAGGCAGCUGUCACACUUUAUGUCCGAGGUAAAAUAAUAAACAGCAAUAAUUUGUCCAAUAAAAUGCACUCUUCUAUGACAGAACGUUUACAGUACACUCAUACUUAGUUAUCUUAGUCUUUGUACCGAAUAUUGAUAAAACUACAUUUAUAUCGUCGAUCCCGCUUUCUUUCCUUGAUGUCUAAAAAUCCCUUCAGUUACUAUUCCAAUUUUUGGAGUACUGGCCUGUUCCAGGACGUCCUAUUACCCUGUCUGUUCCAAUCAAUCCGUUCUCUAGUCAGUUUUAAAAAGCGCUGUCUAUCCCUGAACUCAACGUUUUAUUGUUUUCAUCACUAUGUUUUAACCAAAAGUGUAUUUCUACCAUAUGAUUUAUAAAUUACGAGUAGACGUAGCCCCUAAAUUUAUGAUUUGAUGAAAAAAUGUUUCAUGUUCUACAUUUUUAAUCCCUUCCCUCUACCAAUCAGUACUUUACACGCUUCUCUUCCAAGAAGUAUAAGUGCAUUAAAAAAAAAUUAAAUUGAAUCCCUAUAGAAGGCAAAUCGAUAACGUCAAUUAAAUAUAAGAUGAAUUAUAAUCUAAUCUUAUAAUGUUCAUCAAUUACAGCUCUUCCAGACAUUUCUCUUGUCCCUGGACCAAUAUACGCUGAGAUGGGUAAAGAUAUCAGUCUCCCCGAGUGCGGGGUCAUCGGAUAUCCCCCUCCGGUGAUCUCCUGGACAAAGCUUUUUGAUCAACUUCCAACUGGAAGAAGCGCUGUAGAAGGUCAAACCUUGACGAUAAAAAAACUGCAGAAGAAAGACGGAGGAACAUACAUCUGCACGGCUAAAAAUGCCAUGGGCGCUUCGCACGCCAUGACAACUUUGAUCAUUAAUGUGGUACCUCAAUUUACUGUCAAACCACCAAAGAAGAUAGAGCUUUAUCAUGGACAGUCAGUUACACUGAACUGCUCUGCAGUCGGAUAUCCAGUUCCGAAAAUAACAUGGUCAAGAUGCAAAGGAGAUAUGCCAGAGGGACGCACACAGGUGAAGGACGGACAGCUUAAGAUAAACAGCUUGACAGCUGAAGACAGUGAUGUUUAUACUUGCUCUGCUCAGAGUGAGACGGUUCGCGUAGAGACUGAAGUACAACUCACUGUGAAAACUGGUAAGCAGAGAUAAUUUUAAGGUGGCGUUAACAGAGGUUACCUAAUAUAUAUUAUUUCAAAGAUUGGAGAGAAUAGAACAAUAUUUCCUCAUGUUUUAUCAUUUGGUGGCCCAUGAAAAUCGGUCAGGUAGAAAUUUUGAUAGUGGAAAAAAAGCCCAUAGUUUUUCCUUGUUGUAAAUUGCUUUAAAUCUCUCAGCCCCUUCGUUAGAGGGCGGUAUUCAGCAAACUUAAUUCGUUGAUAUGAAGAAAGCGCCUGUUCGUAAUUUUUUCAAAAAAUCCCACGAGUAGUCAUUGGUGGAUUUUUCGUUCCUUCUCCCCAUUUGCGCGUCUUUGGCCGCUCAUUUUUGAGUUCGCGGUGAAUGGAGUUUUCUUCACCGCGUUCACUUUUUCCAGCGGGAUAGAUUGUGUUAGUGGAAGGCACCCUUAAUUUGUCCCUCUAAGGGGGCAGUAUUGUUAAAAGCAUAAUUUUUCGUCGAUUUCCACACUUUUCGUUAAAUAUCUAGCCAAGAUUUCGUGCAAUCAAAAAAUGACUCCAUUUAGUUGGAGUCCUUAAUUCAAUAAUUUUUUUGGAGAAUUUUGAUGAUUUUUCGAAUGUUUUUAAUGUACAAAAAUUAAGGGCGGGGGAUGUUUAAAGUUUCGGAAAAAUUAGAAAAUAUUGGAUUUGGGGGUUAACAAAAAUUCAAAUAUGAUGUGAAAAAUUGGUAGACAAUUACCAGAUCGUCCACCACCACAACAAGGUGCCUCAGUCUAAUCCUAUUAACGGACUAACUCAUACUGGUUUAUGUGUAUACCUUUUCUAAUUUAUUUCCCUCCCAAAUCAUUAUUUCCCCUUCAAUAUUUAAAAAACCAAACGUAAUGCCCCCUUAAUCGAACUAAGGCACCGUUUACAUGGAGAAAAGUUGUCCAGGGAAAGAGUGUCACCCUUCUGACCGAGUCAACUUUAGCGAUCGUUUAUAAGAGAAAAAAGUUCACCUCUCGGGCUUGCUCUAAACGGCGCGUGCUUGCCCUGAUGGCCCUGGCCGACUUGACUCGGUUGGGCGAGCCAAAGUGUUUUUAUGAAGGAACGUUGGCCCAGCUAGGAUGAUGACCCUACAAUCACAAAAGUGUGACCUUGCUAGGCUGUUUCCUCUUGCCGAGCUAACUUUCUGUUUCUCAUGUAAACGAUUCGCCUCGUUUUGUAAGGGAAUGUAUAAAAAGUUGGCUCGCCCAGGACAGCUCCGCUAUUCCGAAUAAAACGGGCCUAAGGCAAAAACAUGUUUCUGAAGCAAAUCCUGCGUCUAAAAAUUUCCUUGUAAGCCGAGAUUAGCUUACUGAAAAAAUGUUUUGAUUUCAAUUCGACUUAACUCGUACACAACUGCUUCACAUCAGUAUUUUCAGCUUUAACUCCCCAUUAAGGUUCCGCUUAAAAAUGCUGGUUAAGGAAGUCCUAUUCAAAAAAUGGCAAAGUUUCCAUCAACCUUUUAUCUGUCUAAUGAGUUUUGACCUUCCCCUCACCCUUCCCUCAAUUAAACUGAAGCUCACCCAGACGCUACCUCACUCCCAUGACGAAAAAUUCUUGCAAGGACCACUUAGACAAACGGCAGUGAGGGGAAGCCGGAUCUUGGUGUAGAUCAGUAUCAGCGAUGUAGGUAACACUUAAAGUUGAAGGCCAGUGUUAAGGCUGAUUGGACAGCUAUGAAUAGGAAAUUUAUUUCCCUACCUCCCCGUCCAUAGUGGUCCGACCGAUCUGCCUUGCCUGAAGUCAGUUUAACGUCUUCGUCCCAUAACCCAACUAACAUUUGCACUGAUUCUUUCAACUCAGAUUGUUAGCACCGAAAAGUGAGGCUCGAUAUGAUAAGUUAUUUUUUGAUUAUUAACUUAUUUAUUCAUUUAUUUAUAGUUAUUGACUUAAAAUAAUUGGUUUUAUUAUUUUUUAAUUUUUACAGCCCGAGAUUGUGCCGAGCUGUUGAACGCCGGUUUCAAAGAGAAUGGCGUUUACGCAGUAAACCCAACAAACAAAACCAGUUUUGAGGUGUUCUGUGACAUGAAGACUGAUGGUGGAGGGUGGACAGUCUUUCACAAGCGCUUUAAUGGCUUUGUUGGAUUCUACAGGGGAUGGGACGAGUACAAAAACGGCUUUGGUGACGUCAGAGGAGAGUUUUGGCUUGGAAACGAGAAGAUUCAUCAACUGACGGAGAUUCCGAGUCAGCUGCGAGUGGAAAUUAAGAUAAAAAAUGAUGGCAACAAGUACGCCAAGUACAGUAAUUUUACAGUUACUAACGAGGCGUCCAACUACACGCUGUUUGUUGGGUUUUACUCUGGUACAGCUACGGAUCAACUGGCUAAUCAUAAUGGCAUGGCUUUCACUACAAAGGACCGAGAUAAUGACGAAAGUGGUGGUAACUGUGCUGUAGGUUACAAGGGAGCAUGGUGGUACAAAAGCGGUCGUGACUCAAGCCUGAAUUCCAAUUAUGGUGACAGUGACUAUACCUGGAAUUGGAGCCCUCUCCUGGCUAGUGAAAUGAAACUGAAACCCGCAAGCUCUAAAUGA